AUGAGCUGCCGCAUUGGUUCAGCAUCAGUCAACAAAUUCAGGUCUGACAACGGCUUACAACCAGCAACCAAGGGAAGCAUCGGCUUGGACUUGGCAACCGCAGUAGAUGUAACCCUGAUUGAUAAACAGCCACAAAAAGACCUAAAUGGAUUCCCAGUAAAUGGACCAAAGCAGCAGUAUCUCAAGAAAUCAAUGACCGACAGAGUGAUUCUACCGACGGAGGAGGACAAGCAGAGGGUCAAUGACAAACUACUGUUAAUUGUAAGACCUAUUAUUGAGAGGUUAAGAGGCUAUCGAAAGGAGAUCGACGACAUUAUUGAAAAUUCUACAUCUUAUGAAACUAUUAUAGAUGGGAUAGAAGAAGCUGAGCUGCCUGAGUACAUCCUGGACUUUGGCCACAUCAUUCGUGGUAGUAUCCACACUCACGUUGUGAAGAUCACCAACACCGGGCGGUUUCCUGUGUCCUUCUGCACUGACAGAAGGGUCCUGCGUAGCACAGGUUUCCGUGUGGAGCCGGACCAUGUGAAGGACCUGCCGUGCUGUGAGACCGAGUCAUUCACAGUGCACUUUGACUCAGAAAAUGCCAACCUGCCACUGGGAGAGGUGGACGUGCUCCUGCCCAUCAAGGUAGCAGAAGGACCCACGUAUCACGUCCGCCUGCGGGCCAACGUGACUGUGCCAUCCCUCUGCCUCUCCAAGGACAGACUGGACUUCUCUGCCGUCCAGUGUGGGCAGUGCCGGGAAGAAACUGUCCAAUUCCACAAUCAGCUGCAGGUUCCCUGUAAAUGGUUCAUCACCAUCAACGAGCCUGUUGAGAAGGUGGACAAACGUGUGCCAGGGAACAUGCAGAAGGUGAAGAGCAAGCACCGUGUUUUCACUGCGCUGCCCUCGGCUGGAGCCCUCUCGCCAGGACAGCGAUGUAACGUGCGAGUCAGGUUUUCACCCACAGAAGAGAUCCUGCGGAUGCUUAAGGGCUACAAUUGCCAAAACACCUUGUUGCUGCCUCCACGUGCCCCGGGUGAGAAGCUGCCUCCAGAGGUGCUGGAGUACUACCAGGACCAGAAGAGGCUGCAGGAUGAGCAGGCGAAGCCCGAGACUGGGGAACCAGCAGGCCAGGCCAAUGCAGAGCACCAGCAAAGCAUCACUGGCAGCAAGGAGGCUGCAGGAGAACAGGAUGACAGCCCUGUCUACAGAGCCAUUGCCCGCCACCUUGGCAUUGAUCUCUCUCCAGAAGGGCGUGCAGCCCAAAACCGUAGAGGAAUCGUCAUCAUUGUCCACGGGGCGCCCCUCACAGGAAAGACCUCAGCAGCGGUCUCCCUGUCCAAGUACUACGGAGCUGCCUGCUUGUCCAUUGAUGCUGUGGUGAGAGAAGCCAUCUCAGACAAGAGGAGCUUGGCAGGGCUCCGUGCGCGGGAGCUGUGCGUGGCAGCCACCUCUGAGCAGAGCCACAAGGAGACAAACAAUGCCGGUCGAGGUGCAGAUGUGUCCUUCCAGCAGGAGGUCAGUGUGCAGGCCGAACACAGCCUGAAAGUGAGCCACUCCAUCUCCAAAGGCAAAGGCAGCCCUGCGGCCCGUCAGAUCCCAUGUCCAGGUGAGCACCACAGUAGGCGGGAGGAAGAUGGGAGGCCACACAUCCCAGUCUCACAACAAACAGCAUCAAACAGGUGA